AUGAAUUUGGUUGUUUUUAGGCAAAUGGAAAUGCCAGGAGCAAAUGGCGUUGGUCGUACUUAUACGCUACGUACUGGUUACGAGAUACCGUUAAUUGGUCUUGGAACAUACAAAAUCAAGGGUGAUCUGAUGAAGCCAGCGGUGAAUGCUGCACUGGCUGCUGGAUACCGAUUGUUUGACACGGCUAAAGUCUACGAUAAUGAGUCGGAUUUAGGUGAAGCUUUGGAGGCAUGUAUUCCUCUAAACAACAUCAGGAGGGAGGAUGUGUUCUUGGUGACAAAGAUAUACCCGAGUGAUUCGUCUGAAGACGUUCUGAACAUGGUUGAAGACUCCCUGCGGAAUCUACGCACAAGCUACAUCGAUUUGGUUCUUAUUCAUUUUCCAAAGACUAAGGACACUCCACUGGACGAUCCUGCCAACGCGUUGCAUAGAAAGAGCACCUACCUGGCGCUGGAGCAUUUGAAAAGCAUGGGAAAAAUUCGGUCCGUUGGCGUUUCCAAUUAUGAAGUCCGACAUAUCGAGGAGAUCAAGGCUUACGGCCAGGAUAUACCUUGUGUGAACCAGGUCGAGUUUCAUCCCCAUUUCAUUCGCCAAGAGCUUGUGGAUUACUGUAAAAAGAAUGGGGCAUACUUCUUACAGGCAUACUCAUCUUUGGCUCGACAUAACCCUGAAUUGAUGGGGCAUCCAGUUGUGACAGAGUUAGCUGCUAAAUAUGAAAUAUCUCCUCAGAUCGUCUUGCUGUCAUGGGCCAUCAGUCAAGGCAUCGGAAUUAUUCCGAAAUCUUCAAAGCCUGAUAGGAUCUCGGACAAUUUGAAGGCAUGUGAAGUUCUUCUCGACCAAGCUGAAGUCCAACGUCUUCGAGAGCUGAACAGAAACAAGAAUUACGUCCGCUGUGAAGGAUGGCUGGUUACGUAA